AUGAGCAUUCCCAGCCCCACCUCGACAGGUCGGCUGGCGGAGCCACGGCUGACCCCGUAUCAGGAGGCAAAGGUGUACGACCCGGCGUCCGCACGCAGCAACUACAGCCGCCCGCUGCGCAGCUCGAGUGUGCACCCGGCUCCCGAGGAAGAGCCGGUGGCUACGGCCAUCAGCCGCCCACAGACGGCGGCGACAAGCCGGCCGUCACGAUGGUCGGCGCGCCGGCCGGCGACUGCGCCUGCGCGCCGGCUACGGGUGACGUCGGAGGAGUCACGGCAGGCGUGGCAGGCGCUCGAGUCGCGGCUGAAGACUCCGCUAGAGGUGCAGCCGCGCCGCCGCCGCCCAGCGACAGCGCAGGCCGGGCGCGCACGGCCACGCCCGACGCCACGUUCCGCGCGCUCGACUCCUGGAACCUCGUCGUUCACCCGCUACACCGGGUCGCCCGGCUACCAACCGCACGAUUACAGCGGUGUGGCGGUAUCGCCACACCGCGGUGCCCGCGCGAGCUCGCACGACACGCUGCGCCCGCUCUCGACCGCCUCUGGACGGACGCUGGGCGAGCUCGACGAGACCAUACCGGUCGGUGACGAGCUCCGAGUCAUCUCGCCAGGCUACUCGGGUGUCUCGGCCUCGCCCGGUCCCGUCCCACGGCGAGCUGCGUACGAGUACGACGACCCGGUCAACGAGGUCGGCUACACCCAGCCGCCACACACCCCGACCGGCUGGGCGCCGACGCCGCCGGUCGGCAUGCGGCAGCAGCGGUGGUCAUCGCGCCUCAUGAUGCAGUACUACGAGGCGCCCGACGUCAAGUUUGGCAAGCCUGACCCGGCCGCGGUCGCCGCCCACGCGGUCGUCCCGCGUGCCGCACCCGGUGCCUCGGGCGAGCCUGUCGAGUACAUCGGCGUCGAUAGCGCCUCGCACACCUUCCGCUUUUAUCGCCCGGCACCGGCACGCGGCCCGGCGCGCACGCUCUGCUAG